GCCUUCAUUGGCGGUAUCAGAGGAAAUACAGCACUUUAACCGUUCAUCUCGUCCUUUCGGGUUUCCACAUGCGACCCAGUCUUCAUGAAUCAUAUCCCACCCCGGCCUCUUUUCGUUCCCAUACACCCUCCGUCACGGCGAUCCUCGGCUGUGUCCUAUUUUCGUCAUAGCUCCAUCGCGUCGCGAUUCACAUUCAGGUGAAUAUGGAUCUUCAGGGUGUUGGAGCUGUUGUCCAGUGUUUCGGCCCAUGGCUCAUCUGUAUAAAGCUUGUUGCACAUCUUCUCCCCUACCUCGCCAUGUCCCUUGAGAGCUUGAUAGAGUGAGACGUCAUCUCGAACACAGUCAUUCGUUCUUCUGUCGGAAAUUCACAGCAUCCGCAACCAUGGCUCAUCGUCUUCCAGACUGCUCCAAGCUGCGGCUCUUCAGCAAGAGCGUGUCUGUUGGCUCGUCCUUCUUCACGCCCGCGCCUCUUGUCGGCUACGCUGCUCUUCGCCAUCCUCGUGCCAUCUCGACAAGCAACACCUCCAAGAAGCCGGCUGUCGCCAUCCCUACCGGCCCCGUCUCUCCUCUCGUUCCCGCAACUCAUGUUGGUACUUCUUCGGCUUCGACUUCGGAGGUUAGGGAUGGAAAUGCCUUUGCCACUCUGCCGCUCACAUGGCCCCACGACGGUUGGAAAGAAAACGUUCUCUUGAAUGUGGUUCCCAGCCAUCGCGAGCCGAGGACUUUCGGUGACUGGGUGGCCUGGAAGAUUGUCCGCACAUGCAGAUUCUGGAUGGAUCUCGUCACAGGCAUGCGUCCUGAGCAGCAGGUUGACUCCAAGAAUCCCACAACGGCUUUAGCUGCCAGCAAGCCCCUGACUGAGCGCCAAUGGCUCGUCCGCUUCAUCUUCCUCGAGUCAAUUGCUGGUGUUCCUGGCAUGGUUGCCGGGGGCUUGCGCCACCUUCAGUCCAUUCGCCGUUUCCAGCCUGACCAGGGCUGGAUCAAGUCUCUUCUCGAGGAGUCCUACAAUGAGAGAAUGCACCUCCUCACCUUUCUCGAGAUGUACAAGCCCGGCUGGUUCAUGAGACUCGUCGUACUCGGUGCUCAGGGUGUCUUCUACAACGCCAUGUUCAUCUCGUACCUCCUCUCUCCCAAGAUUUGCCACCGCUUCGUCGGCUACCUCGAGGAAGAGGCCGUUCACACUUACACCCGCUGCUUGCUUGAACUUGACCAUGGCUGCCUCAAGAGGUGGUCUGACCCCAACUUCCGCAUCCCUGACAUUGCUGUUCGCUACUGGAACAUGCCCGAGGGCCACAGGACCAUGAAGGACCUCAUUCUCUACGUUAGAGCUGACGAGGCUUCCCACCGUGGCGUCAACCACACAUUUGGCAACCUCGACCAGGUCACUGACCCCAACCCCUUCAUGGAGUGCCCCGGUGGUGGAGUCGUCAAGGCCUUCCCCAAGCACCUCUCCGUUACAAGGCCGGCUGGUCUGGAGCGUGAAGAGGUUGUCAGCAAGGAGACCCACUAAACACCCAGCGCCACAAAUGAAGAUAUCUUGUUGAAGCCACAAGGCAACGCACAACUGUCCCUUCUUCCUCGGCUUGGAGAGGACUCAGUGGACCACCAGCCCCUGUAUUUCCUUGUUCCUUCCAUCCGGGACCUGGUGGAGUAAGA